CCCCGACCGAAACCCAAGACACCAAUUCCGCAAGGCAUCGCCCGUUUCGCGCUCCGCAUCUCGGAACCCGCCUAUCUUUCUCCCUUUCCUCUCUUAGGACACCUGCAUGUAGCGCCCCGGCCGAUCGAUCAGCAGAGAAUUCCUUGACCCCUCCCCUCUUCAACCCCGCUUCGCCGGUUUUCCUUCAUUUCGAUUACGCCCAUUGUGACGAGCACCGCGGCGGGGUGUGCUGUCGCGUGCCGCCUCGAUCGCAGAUAUGCCCUGGCGGCCUCUGCCUCGAAUCGCUUUCGCUGUCGCCAUCUAUCCUUUCCAACCCACCACCCCGGCCGAUCUGCCUCUGGAGCUUGGCGAUGAGCUAUAUAUAAUUGAGCAAGGGGGCGCCAAUGGAGAGUGGUACCGCGGCUAUCUCGUCGCUCCGCCGUCCUUACUGGCGGGCUUGACGAGCACCAAGGGCCAGACCCUCGAAGCAAGAGUCUUUUCCGGUAUCUUUCCCCGGAAUUGCGUCGAGAUCCGUGAAGUGCUGGGCGAUGGCGAAAAGACGAUCACCAAUGGCGACCGAUCGAGUAUGGCUCUGUUGGCCGGCGCAGAGGGAGAGAUGCGCAACAGCGUGGCCUCCUUCCAGGAUGAUGAAAACGCAUUUGGGGAAGUAUCCAACGUUGUCAUCGCGAAGAAAGGAAAGCCGUCUCAAAUCUUCAUCCAAAAGCUGGAUGAGGACGGUCGUGGAAGCCCGGCCAGCCCACGCACUCCGCGGCGGGAUCUCCUCCGGACAAAUUCUAUGGUGCUCGCCCCCAUGAACGUGGCUCCUCGAGACCCCGAUGCUCCCAAACCAGCCGCCCCUGUGCCAAUGCUCAAAAUUGGCGACGAGACACCCACCUCGCUCUCCGAACCUCUUGUCGACGAAAUCGCAUCAUGUCUACGCGAAUGGCAUUCGACCAACUUACACCAGCUGUUGCUCUCCCGCCAGUAUGUCACGGUGGAGGAAAUGUCGAAGAUCGUCCAGGAACUUGACUUUGCAAGGCGACAACUCUUGUACAAUGUUCUGACCGCACAGGAGAAGGAGUCGCUGCGGCAAGAGGUGGUGUGGAAACUCGUUCGCGGGAAUAAAGCGCUUGGUGGGGAGAUCAUUGUGAGAGAUCCUCAGCAAAGGGGUCGUCUGCUCACUGGGGAUGAUUCCGCUGUAGAAUUGACAAGGCUACAGUCCGAGAUGGGCAUGCUUGACAGUAGCCCCACGCAGCAGUCAGAUGUGGCUGCACUCCAUCAUCUGCUGCUCGAAGUCAAUGCCGUCUCUGGGCAUGCGCCCGGGCCAGUAACACUGGCGGCUUACCUGUGCUCUCAGUCGGAAACGGGGGCACUCGUACCCCUGUCGGAGACGUACGUCUUGGACAUUCCUUCGCCGGAAAAGUUUGCGAGUAUGGGGCAGAGCGCCAGGUUGAAAACGCUGUUCACCGACCUGAGCAGCACGGAUAUCGGCGACAGCUCUACCAACGGACCAAAGCUAUAUUUGAUCGUUGCGGUUCGUGCACCAGAAACUGCGUCAGUAACCAACGCCGCAGCCCAGCCAAGGUCGUCCAUCUCGCGAGACAGUUCCUCCGGUAGCAAGCAGGCAACCGGGGUCAAUCAGUCGGUCAAAGGAAGCCUCAGGACUCGCCGGAGCAUGAUGUGGACGUCGAAGCCGCGCGGGAUCCAAAGUCCUGAGCAGGCCAAGGAGACCAGUAAAAACCCUCCUCAGUCGUCCGGAAGUAGUACAAGCACCAUCACCAAGGAACGGUCUGGCAGCCAAUCAACCAAAGACACUACGCAGAUCCGGACAGUGGGAGUCGGCUUUCUCGAAGUCUCCCAGAUCCUCCGUCAGGAGAAGGACGCGGAGCAAGUGAUCAAUAUCUGGUCUCCGUCCGAGGAAAGCGAGGAUAAAGAGGGGCGUGAUGACGGGUUCGAUGGAGUGGUUCGCACUCUGCUCCCGAGCCCUACUGGGAAGUACGUGCGGUCUCAACGAGCUGCCCGGCUUCAUUUCCACCUCUAUCCGCAUGUGGACCCGGACGCAGAUUCUCUAGUCCGGAGAAACCCCACGACCCUGCAUAAUGUCAUUCAGACGAGGAGAAUCGGCUUCUCUCAGGCCCCGACCAAACCCAGGUCGGAUAUCUACGUGACCAUCUCCCACGCUACUUUCCCUCCUGAAGCGCUUCUUUCACAUCCUCACUCGGGUCAAGUUCCGGUCCCAGCGCACACCGGCCUCCGCAAUCUGCAAUUGACUCUUGAAGUUCGCACAUCUUCCGGGACGCGCGUCGAACGGUGCGUCAUCCCCUCGUCCAAUCAUGCGGCACAAACCGCAUGGCGAACCACAAUUGCCGACAGGGGGGCCCCUUGGAACCAAACUAUUCGCCUUAACAUCCCCACGGACCAAAUCCCGACGUCACACCUGAUCAUGAGUAUCGCGGAUGCUCCCGAGUUUCCCUUUGCGCUUGCCUGGAUGCCACUCUGGGACAACCAGGCCUUCAUGCGAGACGGGCCCCAUUCUCUCCUGUUGCACGCGUACGACAAAUGUACGUCAAACAUUGAGAAUGGCAAGGGGGCUUAUCUGUCUCUGCCAUGGAGCUCGCUGGGUAAGAAUGAGUCGGCAAAAGACGAGGCAAUCACCGGUCCCUUGGCUACUCUACGACUGGACACACAUUUGUGCAGCACGGAAUAUUCUCAGGACCAAGUCAUACUCAGUCUGCUGAACUGGAGGGAUAGACCUGUGAAUGAAGUCUUAGAUACUCUCAAGCGGGUUCUGUUUGUGCCGGAAAUCGAGAUUGUCAAGCAGCUCAGCAGCGUCUUGGACUCGCUGUUUGGGAUCCUGGUGGAGAAUGCAGGCAACGAGGAGUACGAGGAUCUGAUCUUCAACAACCUGGUGACGGUUCUUGGUAUUGUUCACGACCGGCGGUUCAACUUGGGUCCACUGGUUGAUCACUAUGCCGACAAUCAGUUCAACUUUCCCUUUGCUACUCCAUGUCUCGUUAGAAGCUAUCUACGUCUCCUUCCGUCCAGCUCCGAUGCACAACAGUCCCGCAAUCUCCGUGCGACGUUCAAGGUAGGACGACAUGUCCUCAAGUUCAUCAUCAACGCCCGACAGCAGCAGAAGGCGAAAGAGGAGGGUAUCGGCAUUACCCGGGUUCAAUCGACAUUCAACCGGGAUCUGCACACCAUCUUCAAGUCGCUCGAGGCUCUGAUGAAGAACCCCUCCCCUGCGAUGGUGGGAAGCAAGACGCUUGUUGUCCAGCAUUUCCACACCUGGCUGCCCGAGCUGUCCAAAGUACUCAGUCGCGAUGAGGUGAUCAUGAUCGCUCUUAGCUUCAUCGACUCGUGCAAGGACGUCACGGGCAUGCUGAUACUCUAUAAGCUGGUCCUCAUCCAGCAUUACACUCGCCUGGAGAUUUUCAGCUCCGGCUCGGAGCGAAAGAGUCUGAUAUCCAGCUGUAUCAGCUGGCUGGCACCCUACUGGGGUGCGACAGGCGCCGUGUCCGAUCUCUAUCGUGACCAAGUUCGGCUGUGCUGUGCGAUCGUGGCGGAGCUGUUGAAGCAGCCAGACCCAUAUCUGUAUGAGUUUGUGCCGAAAAUCGUGUCGUCAUACUACUCUAUCAUCCCCGACGGGGUUGAAGAGACGAGCUACCUCUCUCUGCUCUUCAGCAAAUCAUUCCCCUUUCAGGUGAAGACCUCCAAGUACUCGCAACGGUUCGAUGAAGCGCUAGUCGAGCUGUCCGCAAUUCUGGCUGGCGCGGCGACGAUACCCAAUCCCAAGCGCCCUCGGCUGAAGGGCUUGGAGCUGUCCAGUUUCCUGUCGCAGGCGUUUGAAGUGCAUACGUCGAUCCUCAACUGCGAAGCAUAUCCCGAAAGCUGGCUGAGUGUCCAUGUCUACAACCACCGAGCGACUGUCAAGAGUCUGGAGUACCUGGCUACCAUCUUGACCAACAAAUUCCUCCCGUCCCCGGAGGAAGCGGAAUCGUUCGACACGCGACUCUGGGAGACUUUCUUCAUGACGUUGCUCAAAGUGGUCUCGAGUGACGCGCUCGCUCUGGAGACCUACCCGGAGCAGAAGCGCCGCGCCAUCUGGAAGAUCGCGGGCGAUGUUCGGGAACAGGGCGCGGACCUACUCCACUCCAGCUGGGAAUCAAUCGGCUGGGAGACUACUGAUGAGGAGCGGGAACACUACGGGCUCAGCAAACUUGGCGGCUAUCAGGUGCAGUAUGUUCCUGGCUUGGUGGCACCCAUCAUCGAACUUUGCCUCAGUGUUCAUGAAGGGUUGCGGCAUGUGGCCGUCGAUAUCUUACGAACGAUGAUUCUGAGCGAAUGGGGGUUGAACCAGGAUCUGUCCAUCAUCGAGACGGAGGUUAUUUCCAGUUUGGAUAAUCUCUUCAAGAGGAAGAACAUGAGCGAGAGUGUCGUCCAGAAGCUCUUUAUUGGAGAAUUGUCGGAGCACUUCGAAGGCUACGCAGAGUUUGAUGAAGACCUAUCCAAUGCGGUCAAGGCCUUGAUCGCGACGGUGGAUGAGCUGCUCGACCUGUUUGUAGCCUCUCAGGGCGGCUCGAUGGCUGAAAGCCUGCAUACCCUUCGACUGAUGAAAUACAUGAAAGACAUGGGUCGCGAAGAUAUCUUCAUCCGCUAUGUCCACGAGCUGGCCCAGGUGCAAGCUGCAGCAGGUAAUUUCACCGAAGCCGGAAUGGCUCUCCAAUUCCAUGCCGAUCUAUACGAUUGGGAUGCGCAGCGGACCUUGCCCGAGCUACUCAACCCUGCUUUCCCUGAGCAGACGUCUUUCGAGAGGAAGGAGUCCUUGUAUUUUGCGGUCAUUCAGUACUUCGAGGAUGCCAAAGCUUGGGCUCAUGCCCUGUUGUGCUACAAGGAACUCGCGCAGCAGUAUGAGGACACCGUGGUUGAUUUCGCCAAGCUUUCGAGGGCGCAUGGCUCCAUGGCCAAGAUCUACGACAUCAUUGCAAAGGAAGAUAAACAGUUCCCGCGGUAUUUCCGCGUGCUCUAUAAAGGACUCGGCUUUCCCACCACUCUCCGCGAUAAGGAAUUCAUCAUCGAGUGUGCGGCAACCGAACGGAUGGCCACUUUCAUUGAUCGCAUGCAGAGAGAGCAUCCAGCUGCGCAGGUCGUGUCUUCGGGCGAGAUUCAAGAUUAUGAGGGACAAUUUUUGCACAUCAAUCCUGUCAGCGUCCAUCGUGACGUGGACCAUCCGGUUUACCAGCGGUCCAAGAUCCCGCAGUCCGUUAGAGACCAUCUCUUGGUCUCGGAGCCCUGCCACUUCAGCUCCACCCUGCGCAGACAUGUUCGUGACGCUGAUGUCAAGGCGCAAUGGGUGGAGAAGACGGUCUACACCACGGCGGAGCCUUUCCCGAACAUCCUCCGCCGAAGCGAAGUGGUUGAGGUCAAGGAAGUCGCACUGUCGCCUUUGCAAACGGCGCUCGAACGGACGUGGCGCAAGACGCAGGAACUGUCAAUGUUGCAACGUCGGGCCGCUUCUGGUGAGGACAUGAGCUUGAACAAUUUGACCGAGGCCUUGGAACAGUUGCUCGAGCUCAACGCCGCGACUCCCAACUGUGUCGCGGCCUACCGCCAGUUCCUGUCGGAUGUGCCUGAAGAGGACGAGGGUGGCUUAGUGACGCCGAAGCCGGCGGAUCCGUUAAAGAACGCGCUGGCGGUGGCUCUCAUCGACCAUGCCUUGGCCAUCAAGCAGGCGCUGGCCAUGUACCACCGCCCGGCCCAUCAAGCUACGCAAGCUGAGCUGAUGCGUCGUUUCGAGGAGGCCUUUGGGCCGGAAAUUUCCUCUCUCCGUCCGGCGGAACUAGAGACGCCGCAAUGGCCCCGGCGUACCACCCCGAAGUCCCUGGAAGAGCGCCAGAAGCAGCCGGCUUCGCGGGCCCUCAGUCCUGAGCAGGAACUGAUUCGCUCGUCGCGAAAGAACCACAGCCGCAAACACUCGGCCAAGCAGUCUGUCAGCCACCGCAUCAGCGUCAUGAACCCUUUCAAACGCACCAACCACGUGGCGAGCAAUUCGGUAGCUACGGUACAGGAGGCCCCGAAGGGGUCGGCCGAUAGCAAGGUCAAUGGCACCACCACGGAGGAGCAUGUUAACGGGGAGGCGGCGGACCAGGAUGACGCCGCCACCAUUCACAGUCGGACGACCACUCGGUCGCGGGAUACGCAUCACCGGCGUCGCAGCCGACUCGGGGAUGUGCUGCACAAGCACGCCUCAUCGUUGUCGAUCAGUCCCAGCGCGACUGAGGAAAGCCAAAGCCAGAAGAAGCAACGGACCAGAAGUGCUUCUCGCGACACGGCGGCCAAGUCCCACGAGAGCAUGAGUCGCACGACCUCCCACACCAAUGGGACAUCUACGGACGACCGGCCGUCGGUGACGAGUCCCAAGGGAGGGUGGUCGACGAUCCCUUCGAUCAGCGACUAUCCACGGCCGGUGACGCGGAGCAGUAUGACGUCGAUCCGCAGCCCUGAAAUCACGAGUCCGGUCAGCCAUACCCCUGGGCGGCGGGACUCGGUCUUGAAGCGGUUCAGUCUGCUCAAGGGCGUCAGUCGGAAGGGCAGCCGUCUGGAUUUCCGGACGGGGACGCCCGUGCACGAGGAAUAAACCCUCGACCUUCUUUUCUCUUCUUGAAAUGUCUGGACAUUCAUUUUUAUUGCAUUAUAUUGAUCAGCGGGCAUGUCUUGCAUUGCAGCGUUGCUUUCCGGCCGGUUGCACAGUCCU